AGGGGUUUAGAGUAUUUGCUGUGUUUGGUGGGAAAAAGUAGCUUGGGGAACAGGAGGAGCCACCGGGAAACUAUCUUUGAUGUCGAGGAUCCAAGGUCUAAUGCUCCACAAUGUAAAGGGGAGUUCAUCGAUGUUUAUCUGGCACUGGAAUGUGUUGGAUACUAUAUUCGGUAUUGCGAUUGGCGGGCUCGCCAAGAUUUACUCACAAUCAUGCUUCUUCAUGAGAAGGUAGUGGAAGUGUUGAAUCCUCUAGCUCGUGAAUACAAGUCGAUCGGAACCAUGAGAAUAGAACUUGCGGAAUUGCAAGGAGAAUUAGCACAUGCUCACCAGCAGGUAUAUAUAACUGAAGCAAGGGUUGCUGCUGCUUUGGGUAAACUACCUUGCAUGGAGGAAUUGGCUUAUGAUAAGCUGUUCGAAGAUAGAACCGCAACAGAGUCCAAUGUAGCAUCCACUUCUAGCACAUCAAAACAAUCUUUGGAUACUUUGAAGAGGAAGUCGCCCCGAGGAAGCUUCGAUGUGUCGGGUCCCGUUCAACCAUAUCACCCGCGCUUGAAGAAUUUUUGGUAUCCCAUUGCUUUCUCCACUGAUCUGAAGGAUGACACUAUGAUUCCAAUUGACCUCUUUGAAGAGCCAUGGGUUCUUUUUCGUGGAAAGGAUCGGAAUCCGGGAUGCGUCGAAAACACAUGUGCACAUAGAGCAUGUCCUCUUCAUUUUGGUUCGGUUAAUGAGGGUCGAAUCCAAUGUCCAUACCAUGGCUGGGAAUACACAACUGAUGGGAAAUGUGAGAAAAUGCCGUCAACACGAUUACUUGACAUGAAGAUAAGAUCAUUGCCAUGUCUCGAGCAAGAGGGAAUGAUCUGGAUUUGGCCCGGUGAUGACCCUCCUUCAGCAACCCUUCCUUGCUUACAACCUCCUGGAUUUGAAAUUCAUGCCGAGUUUGCCAUGGAACUUCCGAUCGAACACGGAAUUCUUUUGGACAACCUCUUGGAUGUCGUUCAUGCACCUUUUGUUCACACUUCCACAUUUGCCAGGGGAUGGACAGUUCCAAGUUCGGUGAAGUUCUUGACGCCUGCAUCAGGUCUCAGAGGUUACUGGGACCCAUAUCCGAUCAAUAUGGAAUUCCGGCCACCUUGUAUGAUGCUAUCAACCAUCGGGAUAUCAAAACCGGGAAAAAUGGAGGGACAAAGUACCCAGGAAAGCGCAACACACCUUCACCAGCUUUAUGUAUGCAUACCUGCAACCAGAAAUAAGACGAGACUGUUAUAUAGAAUGUCACUGGAUUUCGCACCCGUGUUGAAACACAUUCCUUUUAUGCAUUAUUUAUGGAGGCAUUUUGCAGAGAAGGUGUUGAACGAGGACAUGCCACUCAUAAUCGGGCAGCAGGAACGUAUGUUUAAGGGGGCAAACAUCUGGAAUGUGCCGGUGGAAUAUGAUAAGCUGGGAUUUAGGUACAGAUUAUGGAGAAAAGCUGUUGAACAAGGAGCCAAAGAAUUUACCCUUCAACCAGCCUACGCAAAAUUCCAACUUUAACCUCUCACUUUCGUUUCUUUAUUAAUGCGGUUUCUUCAUUUUUUUCCUUUUCAAGUGCUAUAAGUUUAUUCGAAAUUUUAUAAAUUGUUUAGUAGUUUUAUGUCG